CUGCAUUGACAAGGGAAGGAAACUCAUGAACGGCGUUUCUCAUGUUUGUAUGAUUGCAUGUGUCGAUCGGCCAGACACGCUUGACAUACACGCACAGACACCCAUGGAUGCUGUCACAGGGCUAGCAUAACUGCCACUUGUUGUUCUUUUGCGUUUGAUGGUUCUCUGGAUAUCCUUCUCUCUCUCUCUCUCUUAUUGGUUUGUCUUGGCAUUAUCCAUAGCGAGCAGGGGUUUUGCAAAGGUCAACAACGGCUUGUCGGUUUUGUCGUUUUUUUUUUACUUUUCCUUUAUUUUGCACAAUAGUACCAUAGUAGCUCCUCCUCACGCAGGUGCGCCUUCAUGGGUGUGCAUGCUGCCUGUAUAUAUGUGUCCUCCUCUAGACUUGGGGAAGCUUCGUUUGUGAAUGAAUAUGUUUGACCGCUAUGCCGUUGAGAAAUA